AUGGCUGAUAUAGCUAGGAGGUAGGUUGUAAGAGUGAUCUGUCUCAAUGUUGUUCCGAAGCGGCUGCUAUUAUUUUUAUGCGACUCCAAGUCGAUUUUCGUGGCGUCUUCCCAUCGACGGAGUUUUUGUUUCGUGCCGGUCAAUUUUCUGGCGCGUAAUUUUUGAUCCGACCCUUUUACGUUGUUUAUUUAGUCAAUUUGACACUCUCGUGUCAUUUUUUGUGUAGAAAAAGUGCUGGAUUGACUGUUAACAUGGCAGGAAAGGUAUCUACGGAGGGUAACUCGAUUGUUACUUCGCCUGGAAGUAGCUCGAAGACAGCAAUCGGGUCACCGACCAGUGAUGGAGGGAGAGAAGUGCGCGAAGACCGCGCUUGGAAAGCGUACGUUUCACAGAUUGAUUCCCCCAUUUCGUCUUCGUUAUUGGUGAAUGGAGAAGACUUAAAUAUGGCGUCCAAUCUUGGAUUCCUGUAUGAUUAUUACGAGGUGACGGAGGAAUCAAGUCAGGCUCCCCCUUCGCCCCCUCAAGGGUAAGACUAGUGUGUCGUUGACGUAACGAGCCAUGGUGGAUUUAUAAAAUUAUGGAUCGUUCGCUUUUACCUCGUUUAUGCAACUCUUUACAUUUUUCGGGAGGCCUAGUAGGGGAAUUUUCAUUAGCCUUUUGUUCAGAGGAUUUGUUAAAAAAAUCUACCCAAUUACAGAGGGGAAUGUUUUUGUUAUGUUAUUUAUCUAGCGUAGAUUUCUAGUAAAAUUCGAUUUGAGCGUGUCGUUUUCUUGUUCUAUUGGAAGAGGAAAGGUAUGCUUUUGAGCUGAGGCUUUUCAAUUCGUACUUUCAUGAAUCUAUUUUUUUUAUCACAACUUGUUUUCUAGAGGAAAAAAGUGAUGAUCUUCGUGAUUAAUCCAAGUAUUGAUAAGGUUUGCGAAUAUGUACCCCACUUUUGACGCGAGAGGGCUACUUGCGGGUAAUAACCACAUUAACUUUUCUCUGUUUGCUCGAUUGCAAUCUGUUUACGCCAUCAUUAACUUCACAUGGAGGACUUUCUAGUAUGGAAAAAUUUCACAUACCCUUCUCUCCGCUCCUUUUCCUUUAGUUAAUUUAUAAGAGGUCUUUCGAAUCUUAAAGAAUUCCCAGGUUGAUGUGAGAAAUAUAGCAAUUGGUGAAAAUAGCUACAUAACCUUUUUUGUCUGAACAACAAUGCAACAUUUUUCGAGGGAGUUUUCAGUAUUGAUCUGGUCCACGCAUUUUAUUGAUUUCCUAACCAUCAACAUGCUCCCCAAUCUUUCCAAACACAUACAAACGCAUACACUUCAUUAAUAUGCAAGUCAUGUACAUGGUCUUAGAGAGGGGUCAUGUUUACAAUUAAGAAGCUGAAUGUGGUCCUCAGAUAUGGUAAUUAUGAUAUCAACUCAGGGAGUUGUUCUCAAAUUUUGUAGUAUUAGAUUUUGUCAGUCACGGAAGUUUAGAUUAUGCUUGGUACUGUGACCUUGGCCAAAAAGGAAAAACUUUAAAUAGAACUUGUUGUCUCUAAAAACAUUGCCUUGAACCCCAGGUCAUUAUCUUUGUGACAAGCUGACAUAAAUCUGUGAAAUCAGAGAGAGUGAUUUCUCUCAACAAAUAACAAAACAAAUUAAUCUGCAAAUAUGAACUUUGAUUUUCAUAAUUAGUUGUCAGGGCGUUGAUGAAUGUGGCAGGAAGUCUGUGUCGUGCUUUCUUUCAAUUGAUUAAUUGGCAAGUCAUCAAAAUAGUUGAUGCGACUACUACUAGUACAUUUUCAGUGACUGAACUUGUAAAGUCCCACUAGUGACCAAGACAGAAUUUCUCCUUACACUAUCAGUACAAUAUCAAGUAGACAGUUAAUGAGAAUGUAGGAAAAUUUCAAAUAGGGGAUUAUUGUUUGAUCCAAUUCUAAAUUCUCCGAACUAACAUCAUAUGAAUUGACAGAAAAGUAGAGAUGGUAAGUUUUGAACUUGGUGAAGAAUUAAGAAAGAUGUUUUUUUCGUCUUGUCAUGAGCGUGGGACAAAUAAAAAGUUCUGAGUCCCCAUUGAACCUUAGACCUCACUCGUGACAAGACGAAAAAACAUCUUUCUUAAUUGUUCACCGAACUCAAAACUUAUCAUCUCUACUUUUCUGUCAAAAACAUUACACUAUCAACAUUGCUGAUCCUAGCAGUAUGCAGGACAUGUGUCAUUAGAACUUCGUAAUAGACCCCGCUCACCGAAAAGGCUUUGUGGUUCAAUGGUAGAGCAUUGGAGCACAAGUCCAAAGGUCUGAGGUUUGAUUCCUCAUGGGGACUCAGAAUUUUUUUCUUUGUCCCACACUCAUGACAAGACAAAAAAAUCUUUCUUAAUCAUAUGAACUGUAUGGCAGACAGUAAGGAGAAUUACUAAAGAGAUCUUGGGAGUUAAAGGAUUAAAAUUGCAAUAGCUCAAGUCUAACUGUUAUCAUUAUUAUAGGUAUGUCAAAAAAGAAUUGAGGGUGUGGCAAUUAUAUUAUAGGUAUCAUAGUAGCACUGUCUUUGUUGCUUGUGUUGUUACUUUUAUGAGUCUUCUGUCACUGAAAUUAUGUGAUAUUAGAUUUGUUCAUCAGUUUUGUUGAUACUGUGAAUUAUGUUUGGCUCGAGUGCCAGAAACUUCUGACUUCAAAAGAAAGUAAUUUGAAUCAAGUCCAGGAAUGAACUCCAGAAAAUUUGGAGUGUGUGUUUGCUAUAAACAAACUUCCCCUAUUGAAGAAAUUGUUAGUAUCAGCUUAACCCUUAAACUUCCAUGACUGCUAAUGACAAAUUUUUCCUUACAACAACAAACAGGCAAGUGAUGAUAAAGGAAGAUAUCAACAAGGGAAUUAUCGGUUGAUCUAAUACCAAAUUUUCUGAUCAAACAUCAUAAAAAUCGCACAGAAGACAGUAAGGAAAAAUUGCUCAUGAGAUCUUGGAAAUAAGAGAGCUAAAAGAAAACAAAAAAUAAAGGAAUGUAAACAUAAACACUGAAAUUGUUUUACUGUUGCUCUCUACUUUAGCUCUGGGGGAGGAAGUGGUCAAGGGAACCCAUCCUCCGGAAACAGCCAUUCACAAGGAGGAAACAGUGAUUCAGAGUCUGGGAGUCCUUCUCAGUCAGAGGUAAACAAACUAUCAUGGCUGGUAAGGUUAGCCAUAUUGGGUUUGAUUUAUUUUGUCUCAAUUAAUACUUUUUUGCUAGUAGAAGUAGAAUCGUUAUCUUGUACAGAGCAAAUUUGUUACAAGCGCACCAUUCAGUUACAACAAGUGUACUGCCAUGAUGUCUCUCACUUCAUGUAAUAUCUUCCUUGACAGGUGUCCUAGUAAGGCUGGUUUUCACUAGCAACAUAGUUUAAGGCAAAAGAAAAUGCUUCUGACCAGGCCCCGGUCCUUCGAGGUUGGAUAACGCUAUCCACUGGAUAAAACUCUAUCUGGUGGAUAAUGCUAUUCGUUUUGCUAGCACUUAUCCACUGGAUAGCAAUUUAUCCUUUGGAUAGCGUUAUCUGCCUUUUAUACAACUGGGCCCAGUUCAAAGUAGAUAAUCAGUGUCCUAAGCAGAGUCAUAAAAUCAACAGAAUAAAAAUUAGAAAAAUCAGAAUGGCUCCAUUUUUCUCUGUUGUCCCUUAUGGCUCUUGACAAUCAUGAUCUAUUGAUCAAUUCUGUGAUUGGUGGAUUUGACUGAAAGGACCAAGUAUGAUUGGCUUCUUCAACUGUCCCAUUACAGGUGUCCAAUUACAGUCGACUAUCUAUUACACUGUCCAAUCACAACUCUACAGUAUGAUUAGUGAAAAAUAAAGCAGCUUCUGCUCCAAUCUUAUUUGAGGAAAUUGUAAUAGUUAUGAUUAUGAUAAUAAUUAUGUUUGUGAUUGAAUAGUUAUAACAUAUAAAAAUAAAUAUAUAUAUGUGUGUGUAUAUAUAUAUAUAUAUCCAUUUUCAAAAAUGCUGUGAUUUGAAUAAAUACAUGAAACAUGUAUCUGUUUUCUCAUUGAACAGAGACACUUUUUGACGAGAAAACAAAAGCUGUAUAUAUUUCAUAUAUUUUUUUUAAAAUUGCAAUGUUUUUGAAAACAGGUGUAUAUAUAUAUUAAUUUAUAUGAACCAUAAAUAUAUAUAUUAAUGGUGUUGAUAAUGGCAGUGACAACAACAGUGAUAAGACAAUGGUAAUAACAGUAUUGGCAAUGACAGUAACAGUAUUGGUAAUGAUAAUACCAGUAUUGGUAAUGAUAGUAACAGUAAUGCUAUAAUGGUGAUGACAGUACUACUUUGGUAAUCUCUUAAGAUGCCAUCUCAGGGUGUGAAAUUGCGCCUAAUACAGGCGCCAAUGUGACUAAAUUUUUCACUUUGGCGAUCAAAUCCUGAAAGUUCGUCGCCAAAUUGGCGAAUAAAUCCGCGGCAAACUUCCUUGUUAAGUUUGUUUCCAAAACGUAGCACAUGCAUCUCGAUCAAUAACUAGAUGCCAUCUUGGAUUUAGAUGAGCCUGAACGUUGUAUAUCAUACAUCCUAGUGUCCACUUUGUAGCACGUUAAAGAUCUUUUCCCUAACUUAAUUUUGGAGGGUCUAUCUAGAACGCUGACAGCGUAAAGAAAGAUUUUGUUUGUCUUUGAAAAUGGCGACCAACUUUUUUUGAAUUGGCAACCACUUUGAAGAAUUUAGGAGCCAAGUGGCUAUCAGAAAAAAAAGUUAAUUUCAUGCCCUGCAUCUUGAAAGGUCUUUUUAUCCCCUUGUAGAUAGGGGUGUGCUGGUAUUGGUACAAUUAGUUCAUGUAUUAACUAGCAUUGUUAUUUGGUAUAAUGAAAUGUCUAAUUCUGGUGUUCUUUAACUUUUUAUUGAUGCUUAGCAAACCACUCUUAGCUUUUUACAAGCAGUGCAGCAAAUAAAAAGUCCAAAACACAGGUAAGAAUAAAAAGAAAAACCAUCUGACAUGAUACAUGCCUAGCCAUUGCUUCUACAUUGCUAAGUUUUGUUUUUAUAUUUUUGUUGUAGCACACAAGUCCAAGGUGAUCACCAUAUUACUCCCAAACAAGAAAAAAUGACUCCAAAUGUCAAGGUAUGUUUCAAAGCAUGUGAUAUGAUUUUUUUUUUUUUUUAGCCUGAAUGAAUUAAAUAUAUGUUAAUUUAGGCAAGAAUAAAUCUCAUCUCUGUGGAAACAGCAUAUUUUUUGCAAUAUGACUCAUCUUUAAAAUUUUAUUUUUCAGACACUCACCCUCGGGCAACAGAUAAAAGUGCAACCAAGGUGAAUUUUUGUAACAAUGAACCUGUUUGAUUUCAUCGAACUUGUGUUGUGUGAAAACCUGUGUUGUAAAUGAACUAUAGACUCUUGGUUUAGAGAACACGUGCAUUUCAUUCUCAACUUUAUAAAAACCUAUGGAAACAACAGAUGAUAGUAGUUAUUUUGAUAACCAUUCUAUGUUUCUUCUAAAUUAACUGGUAGACAGAGGAAAUACCCUCCACUCUAUACUUUUUCUUGGUUACUUUGUGGGGAUGUUGAUCUGUUCUCUUCACUAAUCAUGCAAAUAUAGCCACUUACUUUUACAAUGAAGCUACCUACCUCAAAACAUACUGCAAAGCUCCCACCUGAACUAAAAUGUUGAUUUUGUAAUUAUGUUACUUGCAGUACAUCAAGUUGUAGCCACACCCCCAUACCUGUGGCUCGCCCUUCUUCAUACCCCCCCUCAACUAAAGCCCCACAACAAGUAAGCGAUGUGUCGCCACUCUCCCUGAGCACCACCCCCCCUGAGGUAAGUGUCAUUUACACAUAUGAAGCUGCUUGUUUGGUUAUUUGCUCAAAGAUAAAUAAUGUUUUUACCCUUAAACUCCCAAGAGUGACAAAGAUAGAAUUUCUCCUUACAGUAUUGUUACAAUAUCACACUGAAAAGUGAUGAGAAUAACGAAAGAUACCAGCUAAGGGAUUGUUAGUUGAUCCAAUGACAACUUAUCUGGACCAACAUUAUAAAAAUUAUGUGUCAGACAGUCAGGAGAAUUACUAAUGAGAUCUUGGGAGUGAAGUGGUUCACUUUCAGCAGCAUUUAGCAUCUGCAGUUUAACUAUCUAUUAAACAAUUCCACAUUAAAGUUAAAUUCUUAAGUGUAGGGCUGGGGAACAUUUUAAGGCCUAGGUCCAGUUGUAUGAAGGCCACAUAAUGCUAUCCAAUGGAUAAAUCACUACCCAGCAGAUAAGUGUUAACAAAAUAUGCUGCCCUAUCCACUGGAUAGAGAUUUAUUCAGUGGAUACAGUUAUCAAUGCUUCAAACAACUAGGGCCAGGAGAGAAAUCUUAUGAUCAUGUAAUGGCACUUUUUAACUGAAUUUUCAAAAAAAAAUCUAGGUUUGGGUUUGCUUCCCUUUAAUGUACACUUUUGGAAGUCUAGAAAACUUGCAUGACCCUCUUGACUAGUUAGGUGUAAAACUUGAACCAUUGCCACUUGUCAGCUCAGUAUGUCCUUUUCUUGAGUCUGUUGCCAUGUUUUUAUUUGAAAUUCUGGUUGGCUUCAUGUCAUAUAUUUCUUUAAUGUGUUAGGUUGAAAUGUUAUGAAUAUCAUUCCUUUUACCGAUGAGAACAAUUAUAAUGAAUGGCAUCAUCUUACUUCUCAGGCAUUUAACUUCACACCAUACACCCAGUCGCUGAAAUCCACACCCACUGUUUUCUCUGCUCAAGAUAGGUAAGCAUACCUUUAGGACUUGCAUUUAAAUGGUACACCUAUUGCAGGUAUGUCUACUAGCAUCACUAAACAUUUUGAAUGUGUGUUUUGUUAGGUAUUCCUUCAUCCUUGAGGCACCUACAUCCAUUAUACAAAGAAGAGGAGAUGACACUUUGACAUAUCUUAACAAAGGUAAGAAGGUUUGUCUUUCUGAAGGGGCCAGAAUUUGAGAGUAAAGCAAUAAUCUCAAUCAUUUAACUCCCAGAAGUGAUUGACAUGUAAAUUCUCCUUAUAAUACACAUACAUUAUCCAGCAAACAGGUAAUGAGAAUACUCAAACUUAUCAGGUAGGUGUUAUCUUGUUAUUCUUGUAACUAAUUUAUAAGGAAUUGUAUACCAGCUUUUGUGGAGAAAAUGAACAAUAAGAUUUUUGGGGUGAAGUGGUUGAAUUGAAUACAAAGUCAAGACCUUCAUGUAGUAGUAAUGUGUCUGUAUAUUUUACUCCAUUCCCUUUAGGUCAAUUUUAUGCUAUAAGUUUUGAGGGUAAUGUGGAUCCCCCAUCGACUGAGGAGGAAAUUCAACGUGUGAAGGUAUAUUUGUGCUGACUAUUUCAUAGACUUGUAGAAUUCCAUCAUAUAGGACUAACUUAAAAAUUACUUGAGAAGUUUUUGAUAAAUCUGUUUUGGUAGCUGAAUGAAGAUUCUUUCAAACAACUUUCCAGCAAAAAUUUUCUGUACCUUAUUUCAUUUACAACUUUGCUGAAAACUUGCAGUCUCUCCUAAAGAGACAUUGCAUUAUUGACCUUUUCAUACCUAGGAGGGACCAACAGUAAUUUCUCUGUACAAUUUCAAAUAAUUUUCAUGCAAUAAGAUUUUCCCAGUUGUUCUGACAUAGGGCUUACGCUCAAAACGUCAGCCUUUAAACUCUUUACAGUGGUCAAUUUACGUUUUAACUCGGUUGUUAACACAAAAUUACCUGUUAAUUUUCAUGCCAACAAUUUGGAGAUUUUACAUUAAGUACAGGAGUAAAAGGAUUAAUUUUUAAUAGUCACAAUCCUUUCUUCACAAUUUUAAAUGUAGUUGUUUUUCUUAUUGCAGUCCUAUGUUCACUUGGUUUUCCGUGAUGAGAAGGAUCCAAGAACAGAAUGCGAACACUGGCAAUAUUGGCACAGCCAGCAACCUAAUCCCCAACAAAGAGCAUUCGAUAUAGGUAAGUAAAGUAACUGUACCAUAACUUUUAACUUGAUGUAGAAGGAAUUGUUGGAAAAAAAAAAAAAAAAGAAAAGAGCAAGAUGUUAUAUGACAGUAGGAAUGUUAGCUUCCCAUACCAAAAAAAACAUUCUGACUUUAUUGUUGCAAUGAUGAUAUGAAUGUUUCCACACCUGCAUAGUUUGAAAAAAAAAGAAUAGAUUAAAUGAUUCAUGACUCUUGUGUUGUUAAUAGUUUUUCCUUUGUUCUUUCCUUCAAUGUUUAUUUCUUUUUUAAUGCCUUCCCUUUGUCCUUUCUCUAUUUGGGUCAUUUGAACACAGUCAUACAUGUGUGAUAUUUCCUCUUUCAUGUGUUUGUUCAGAUCGCAAGUCUUGUCAGAAUAUAGAAGACAACAUAGAUGAGAUAUCAUACAAUGCAGCUGGGUUUACAUGGAGCCCUCACUUGAAUGCAAAAAUAGUAAUAAGGAUAAACUGCCUGAGUACUGAUUUCUCCUCUCAGAAGGGAGUGAAGGUGUGUAUUUAAUUUCCUCUUUCUGUUUGAAGGUUGGUUUUCACAGGUAACAGUCUUCUAAUCAGAGUUGUACUGUUCUAACAGUGCAUAUGACUUAUUAAAAAUAGAACUUCAGAGUUGUAAAAGAAGUGAUAAAAUCAACAGAACUGCAUUUGGAAGAGUCAUAGCAUUCCUAUGACCAUUUAGUUAAACUUCUCACCCUAAUGCAUAUGAUCCAGGGCAAAGUACAUGGUGAACAUUACUGAAGUUGCAAGUCGUUUUGGAAAAACUAACCAAUCACAGUGCCAGUUCUAAGGCCCUCUUAGUGCUUAUGAUUGGAACAAUGUUGUUUUGGCCAGAUUUCAAGAGGCAAAUGUUCAAAUGGCAUUGACAUUCUGCUCCAGUUUUCAUUAGCUUGGUUCUCACUACAUUGCAUCCCUCUGUGUUUUUCUGUGCUUUUGAUGUCAGUGUGGCCCCUGUCAUAAGUGAGAACAAGCCUGAAUUGUCUCUGCAUUGUAAAGCAUAAAGUUAUCAUUUUAAGGUAACAAAGCUGGCUGAUUUGAGACCAGAAGUUUAGCAGUAUUAGCUGCUGAAUUGAUCUACUUUACUGUUUAUCUUUCUCAAGAAAUUUUGUCUAAACUUUGUUUUUUGUUGUAUUUCCUUCAGGGCAUUCCACUGCAUCUCCAGAUCGAUACAUAUGAAGAUAUAACCAAUCCAGAUGCAGAACCUGUACACAGGUCAUUCUGUCAGAUAAAAGUGUUCCGUGACAAAGUAAGUGCUUCUUCUUCUUCCUGGUGAACAUCAUGAAAUAUUUAACAGAUGUAGUUGGAAGAACUGGUUGGUACAAUGCUAAUGCAUAUGCAUGGUUCAUUAAUUGUUUUUCUCAUCAUGCUUUUACUUUGUCCUUCCUCAAUUUAACCCUUUAGCCCCUAAGAGAGACUAGAAUCUAAUUUCUCCUUACUGUAUCCCCCCUGAAUCAAACAUGUAAGUCAUGAGAAUAGAGGAGAUGAUCACCAACUAAAGCAGCUCUUGAUUGUUAAUCAAUUCUCCUUGUCAGCCUCUUUGGAAAUUUAUGGAGAACAGUAUGGAGAAUGAUCACUGUGACAAAGGGUUAACACUCAAAACAUCAGCCUUUAAACUCUUUACGGUGGCCAGUUUAUGUUAUCAACUCAGUUGAUAAUAUCAAAUCACCCUGUCGUACUCUCCCACUGACACAGCACCACAGUUUCUUUAGAAACUUACCCCCUUUAUCCCAGUAUGGAGAAUAUGCAUACUGAUGCUAGGGUGUGAAGGGUUAAUACACUAUUUUGUUUUAUUCAAGGGUGCUGAACGAAAGAACAAAGACGAAUCAAAGAGUGCGGAAAAGAGAAUUCAGAAAUGGGUGAAGCAGAAUACAUCAUCAUGUGCUGGUUAGUUUAACUCUUGUGGUCACUUUGAUUCUAAACACAAAUGUUUUAGCAAGUAUGUGUUUACUGUAAUAGCCUUUGCGUGAUUUAGAAAUGAGUAAUUUGUUGUGUUUUGUUUUUCAGAUCCCAACAUGGUGUCUCCUACAUCUCUCUUUCAUCCUCCUAGCAAAUACACACGGCUUCAAACAACCACACCAUUAGGACCAAAACCUAUUCUGUUUACUCCAGCUGUACACAGCACACAUGUAAGUUGAUCUUUACAACAAUUACUUUCUGUGUAUACCUUAUCUAAAGGAGAUACAGCAGUCUUGCAGUUAAGGCACGGGACUCUGGGACAAGAGCUGCAGGUUUAUGAUUGGGCUAUAUCACUGGUUUUUUUGUUAGUUUAUCUAUUUGUUGUUAUUAUUAUUUUUUAUUCAUUGUGUUGUGAUCUUGGGUAUGACAUUUAACUCUCACUAGGCUUCUCUUCACCAAGGAGGAUAAACAAGUUCUGGCAAAAUGUGAGAGAAGCCUUACAAAUUGUCAGAAGGUAACCUAAAAAAAUGGCUCUGAAUCCCACCCAGGGGAAGUAAUUAUAGUCCAAGUCACUUAAUGCUAUGAAGAUUUAACUAGUGUUGAUUCUCUUUCUUUUAUAUGACAACAAUCUGGAAAUCAAUUUUUCUACCAUUGUUUUACUAAUGUUUAAAUUAUUUUUUUAUUAAGAUACAGGGAGGCUUUGAGGAGUCAUCUUUGCAGACAUUGUCUCUGUUAGCAUCCAUAAAGUAGGUUAACUUUUUCCUUGGAUUAUACCCAGAAUGUUUCAUUUUUUUAAUUAAAACUUCAAUUGCGGGAUAUACAUGUAUACCGUGUACAUCCAGAGAAUAAUUUUUUGCUUUUCAUAUUUUAGGGAUCGUGAAAACAAACGUACUCUACAAUCACACCUAGCCAUGGCAAAGGUAAAGACAUGUCUGGGUUUUGUUUGGUUGUAUGCUUUGUUUCAUUUCAUUGUUUACUUGUGUUCUUGGUGUUGAUCCAAGAUGGUUACUUCCAUUACUCUACACAGGAUGAGCUGGCUGAUUUAGAAGUUGUUCCUAGAUUAAAAGUACAGAAAAUCCACAGACCCAAUAGACCAGGUUAGUUUCCUCAGGAAGUGCUGCUUGAUCUCAGUUUCAACCUGAAGUAUUGCUUCUCUUUCAUGAUGAUGGGUGCAGGGGCAUAGCCAAGAUUUUUCAAAAGUAGGGGGGGAGGGGUCACACUGUGUUAAACAGUGAGUACUCACCAGAUUGGUAUGUUGACCUCCACACUGUCUCAUUUAUUGUGACAAAUGAGGUUUACAAGGGGGGGGGGGGGGUGGGGGUCACUGGCAUCUCAGGACCUCCCUAGUCGCUACGCCCCUGAUGUGGAAGGUGGAAGGAAAUUCCUGAGAGAUCAUAUUGUUGACAUUGUAUAGAAGGAAUAAUGAAAAUUAAACUAUUUCCCUGCAGCUGUUACAAUUUAUGUAAAGAAAGAAGAGGAGAAAGUUUACAAUGCUCUGAUGCUUGAUAGCUUAACAGUUGGAGACAUGGUUGAAGCAGUUGCCAGUAAAUAUGGCAUGCCUCCCGAGAUGAUAAAGAAUGUUUAUAAGAAAACCAAGAAGGGAAUUCUUGUGAACAUGGAUGACCGUAUGAUUGAGCAGUUUGUGGAUGAAGACGACUUCAUUAUAAAUCUGGAUUUUGAUAAUCAGCUUGGGCAUUUUGAACUAACCUUACAGUACUGA